GACUGGGUAGGUACUAAAAAUGGUACUAAAUUCGAGGUCUGUACACGUAUUCUGGUUGUCAUGAAGUGCAAAGAUAAUUUGGGAAAAUAAUUUACGAAAUUUGGACUAGAAAUUUAUAGUUUAUUACGGGAAUAUUUGCGAAUAUAAGCAUCAAAAAUGUCGCUGUCGGAAGCAUCUUGCUACACCAUCAUCAAUGCUCAGGAAACGGAGCCAUACAAUGAGAUGCAGCUCAAGUUGGAUCUUGAAAAGGGCGAGUUGAAUGUGAAAAUUGAUACCCUGAAGAGAGUAAUCCAGCUUCUGUUGAAUGGUGAACGUCUGCCGAGUUUGUUGAUGACCAUCAUCCGAUUCGUGCUUCCGUUGCAGAACCAUACGAUCAAGAAGCUGCUGCUGAUCUAUUGGGAAAUCGUCCCGAAGACUUCUCCCGAUGGCAAGCUGCUGCAGGAGAUGAUUCUGGUAUGCGACGCCUAUCGGAAGGACCUCCAGCAUCCCAACGAGUUUCUCCGAGGAUCUACAUUGCGGUUUUUGUGCAAACUGAAAGAGCCGGAACUUUUGGAACCCCUGAUGCCGGCUAUCCGGGCUUGUCUGGAGCAUCGCCAUUCGUAUGUCAGACGGAAUGCCGUGCUUGCUAUUUUCACCAUCUACAAAAACUUCGAAUGGCUGGUUCCUGACGGGCCGGAAUUGAUUGCCAACUUUUUGGAUACACAGCAGGAUAUGUCCUGCAAGCGAAAUGCUUUCCUCAUGUUGCUGCAUGCCGAUCAGGAGAGGGCUUUGAACUAUUUGGCCUCGUGUCUGGAUCAGGUGAACAAUUUCGGUGACAUCUUGCAAUUGGUCAUCGUGGAGCUCAUCUACAAAGUGUGUCAUGCCAAUCCGGCCGAAAGAUCUCGCUUUAUUCGAUGCAUUUACAAUUUGCUGAAUUCUUCUUCGAAUGCGGUUCGUUACGAAGCAGCUGGAACACUGGUCACGCUUUCAACGGCACCGACAGCCAUCAAAGCUGCCGUCAGCUGUUACAUCGAGUUGAUUAUCAAGGAAAGCGAUAACAAUGUAAAGCUGAUUGUACUUGACCGCCUAAUCGCAUUGAAGGAAAACGAAAACAUGGAGCGAGUUAUGCAGGAAUUGGUGAUGGACAUCCUCCGAGUUUUGUCUGCAACUGAUAUUGAGGUCCGUCGUAAAACGCUUACUCUUGCCAUGGAGCUAGUUUCGUCAAGAAACAUAGAAGAAAUGGUGUUGGUUCUGAAGAAGGAGGUUUCCAAGACACACAAUAUCGAACACGAAGACACGGGAAAGUAUCGCCAGCUGUUGGUUAGAACUCUUCAUAGUUGCUGCAUCAAAUUCCCCGAUGUCGCUGCCACCGUAAUUCCAGUACUGGUGGAAUUCCUUUCCGAUUCCAAUGAGCUAGCUGCCGCGGAUGUUCUCAUUUUCGUACGGGAAGCCAUUCAAAAGUUCCCACAUCUUCAGGAACUCGUUAUCGAAAAGCUACUGGAAGCUUUCCCGGCUAUCAAGUCUUCGAAAAUCCAACGGGCCGCCCUGUGGAUCCUGGGAGAGUAUGCCACCUCUGCGAAGGACAUUAUGGAUGUGAUUGCAAUUGUCAAUCAAACACUGGGUGAGGUGCCCAUUGUUGAAGCCGAGCAGAGAAGGCUGGCAGGCGAUGAGAGCGAAAACGAUGAAAAUAAGACUCCGAAUGCUGGCGCUGUUCCGAACAAUAAGGUCACCUCGGAUGGAACGUACGCUACGCAGAGCGCUUUCAGUGUUGCUCCUGUCUCUAAAAAGGUGGAACGUCCGCCACUGCGCCAGUACUUGAUGGAUGGCGACUUCUUCAUCGGGGCAACGCUCGCCUCUACCUUGACUAAAUUGGUGCUGCGAUUCAUCGAUCUGGAACCAAAUGAAAAGAAGCAGAAUCGUCUUUGCACAAGCGCUAUGCUGAUUAUGAGCUCGAUUCUUCACCUGGGAAAAUCUGGAUUGCCAACGAAGGCCAUCACCAACGACGAUAUGGACAGGAUUUUCCUCUGCCUGAAAACUCUUAGCCAGCGUACGCCCGAAGUUGUGCACAUCUUCAAGCAGUCUUGCCGAGACGCUUUGGCUGGUAUGUUGAACGCUCAGAAUGCCGAGGAGCAACAGACGCAGAAGGAUAAGCAAAAAACGGCCGCCAAAAUCCAGCCGGACGACCCGAUUGCUUUUACACAAUUGGCCAACGGAAAGAACGACCAGCUGGGAGAGAACGUUUUCGAAUCGAGUUUGAACCAAGCCCUUGCCGGCACGAAGAACACCACUCUCUCCGAUGUGGCUUCACCCAACAACAAGUUGAACAAAGUGACCCAACUGACUGGAUUCUCGGAUCCGGUGUACGCCGAAGCCUAUGUCCACGUCAAUCAGUAUGAUAUCGUUCUGGAUGUGCUGAUUGUGAACCAGACGAGUGAUACACUACAAAACUGCACCCUAGAGUUGGCCACGGUUGGAGACUUGAAGCUGGUGGAACGGCCGCAUCCCGUUGUCUUGGCGCCGCACGAUUUCUGCAACAUCAAGGCCAAUGUCAAGGUGUCGUCAACGGAAAACGGAAUAAUUUUUGGAAACAUUGUUUACGACACCACCGGAUCAUCAAACGUUGUAGUGCUCAACACUAUCCACAUUGACAUUAUGGAUUAUAUUCUACCCGCCAGCUGCACCGACACCGAGUUCCGCUCGAUGUGGGUUGAGUUUGAGUGGGAGAACAAAGUAUCGGUGAACACCACCCUUACCGAUCUACACGAAUAUCUGAAAAUGCUUCUCAAAUCAACCAACAUGAAGUGUCUGACGCCGGAAAAAGCCCUUUCUGGACAGUGCGGUUUCAUGGCUGCUAAUAUGUAUGCUAGAUCGAUCUUUGGAGAAGAUGCUCUGGCCAAUUUGAGCAUUGAGAAGCCACUGGAUCGUCCCGACGCACCUGUCACUGGACACAUUAGGAUACGUGCCAAGAGUCAGGGAAUGGCUCUCAGCUUGGGCGACAAAAUCAACCAUACACAAAAGUGUCUACAGGAAAAACCAGUUGCGGCUUAGGAUUUGUUUUCCUUUAAACUUUAAAUUUUAUCUCUUGCUCGGAAUGCGCUGUUAUACCGGUAUUCCAAAUUUGAACGAUUGCACUUGCGAGGGACAAAGAGCGGAACAUAGUGUGUAGAAUCCCAUUCCUAUACAAUAUGCCUAGUAUUAGAACAACUUUCGGAUGACGUGCAAAGAGACUAUUACGCAAAAAGUAACUUACAGCUAUAAAUACACACCGUUCUAUCACAAACAUAGCGAUGCAGAUAUACAAAUUGAACAUCCUGGUAAUAAGAAACUCAUGCAUGAAGUUAUUGUUUACGCAAACUAUUUGACUAUUAAUAUAUAUUCCACAAUAUGCGAA